CUUGACAUUUGAGUGCAUCUUCCCACCGGCAAAAGACGAAUCUAAUAACUCGUUGUCAAAGCCAAGAUACACACUCAACUCAGGCUCUUCGCUUCCCAAAGCUUCUCGUCAAGACAUGGAAGCUAUUGCCAAGUUCGAUUUCAUGGCCUCGGGUGAGGACGAAUUGAGCUUUCACACUGGAGAUAUUCUGAAGAUCCUAAGCAACCAGGAGGAGUGGCUCAAGGCGGAGCUUGGAAGCCAAGAAGGAUAUGUGCCUAAGAAUUUUAUAGAUAUCGAGUUUCCUGAGUGGUUCCAUGAAGGCCUCUCUCGACAUCAGGCAGAAAACUUACUCAUGGGCAAGGAAAUUGGAUUCUUCGUCAUCAGGGCCAGCCAGAGUUCGCCAGGAGACUUCUCCAUCUCUGUCAGGCAUGAGGACGAUGUUCAGCACUUCAAAGUCAUGCGAGACACCAAGGGCAAUUACUUCCUGUGGACUGAGAAGUUCCCGUCCCUAAAUAAGCUGGUGGACUACUACCGGACAACUUCCAUCUCCAAACAGAAGCAGAUCUUCCUUCGGGAUGGAACCCAAGAUCAGCAGGGUCACCGGGGCAACAGCCUGGACAGGAGAACCCAGGGAGGCCCUCCCAGGGAGGUUCCAAGUGGGACUGCAGGAGAAGAAAUCCGACCCUUGAUGAACCGGAAGCUGUCAGACCACCUUCCUCUGGGUACCCAGCAGUUCCACCCGCACCAGCAGCUGCCCCCCCAGUUCCCGCCAGGGCCCCAGCCCCCUCCACAGCAGCGCUAUCUGCAGCAUUUUCACCAGGACCGUCGUGGAGGCAGCCUGGACAUAAACGAUGGACACCUCGGCAUUGGCAGUGAGAUGAAUGCCACCCUGAUGCACCGGAGACAUACAGACCCCGUACAACUCCAAGCGGCAGGGCGAGUGCGCUGGGCCAGGGCACUCUAUGACUUUGAGGCCCUGGAGGAAGAUGAGCUGGGGCUCAGAAGUGGAGAGGUGGUCGAAGUCCUGGACAGCUCCAACCCGUCUUGGUGGACCGGCCGCCUGCACAACAAACUGGGUCUCUUCCCUGCCAACUAUGUGGCCCCCAUGAUGCGAUGAGUCAUGCUGGGAGGCUUAGGGGCUUUUCGUCUGAAGCCUCCUGCAAGACGGGGGCAAGGGAGAAAAGCUGAACUCGAUAACUACACAUACAUGCAUACAUGUGCAUGUGUGCGCCUGUGUACACACAACAUGUAUAUGGACGCCUAUGUCUACACACAACAGUUUAUAAUAGUAAUUUAUUGGCAGGCAGGGUUGGCUGGUUGACUGGCGUGAGAAGGAACUGGGGUGGAGAGGGGGGCGUUUUGCCUGACUCUUCUCUGUGUGAGAGGGCAGCGGGGAGCUGGGAGCAGGGCAGGGAAUCGUCUUUUCCCAGCCCUUGAACUUUCACCGGCUUCUUUCCUGGCUUGGGAAUUGUCUAAGAGAGCAAGCAGCUAAGCAGAGAUCACACCCCUGGGAUGAACGUACAGCAUGGGGCUGGGCUGGGCGGGGCAUGUUAGGUAGUUCACCUGGCCCUGUCCACUUACAGGGCAGCUCUCCUCUUCUGCCCAGAGCAGGGGCUGCGCCCUGAGAAUUAAGGUGUAGCAGAUGCAGGGCUUUAGGCACCAAGCAAGUCUGAGCAGGGAGCGGGCAAGGGUGUGGUUGGGAGGCUCCGCUUGGUGUGGGAGAGCCCUACAAGCUCAGGCCUAGUCGAUGACUGGCUGGGACUUUUACUUUCCAUCAGAGACUGUCCCUGGGGUAAUCCUCUUCCUCCAUGGCUGACAAGAGAGUUAGAACACAGGAACACUGCAGAGCCCAGUGCUAGGGAAUGCACAGGGGUUCUCCACAGGCCCCUGUGGCUUACUUGAAUGCAGCUUCUGUUUCCCCAAGCUGCAGAGAAAGCUGCAGCCUAAAUUCUUCGAAGUGCUCGGAGAAGGCCUGGCUGAGAAUGUGGGAUGUGUCAGCAGCCUCACUCUGUGGUAACAACAGUGUCUCUGGGGAGCUCAAUUGGGUUUUGCUCCCGGUUUUCUGUGGUUGAGGACAUCUUUGCCAGUGGAUGAGAGGGAAGCCAAGAGCACUGACUGCAGAUCGAUAGCUAGACUGACAGACGGACUCUAACCCUCACUGGAGCUUCAUGGAAGAAGAGUUUCCUCUUCUGUUUGAGUGCUAGGCUCCCCUAGCCUCCCUCCACCUAGGAAGAGGAACCCCACUGCCGCUGUCCCUCUGUCACCUUAAACCAGAAUUGUGUGUCCUGGCGCCCAACCUCGGAAAUAAAGCACAGAGAAGGACAUGAGA